AUGAACGACUCUCGUGGCGCCCCGUCGAGUCGCGGGGUUCCCCAUGUGGAGGCCAGUGCGAACAGCCCGUUCGUAAACACGAUGCCACCAGCGCCAGGAGAACCAGAUUGUUCGGAGGAAAUUCAAGUCCCACGAUCCCCUCAACGACUUUCCUUGCAGAUAAAUGGGUUAAAUGCGGGCUCUCAUGAGAAGUACGAUCCGAAUACCACAUGCGUUGAAUCAUCAGAACGCGGCAGCGAUACAUCGGGCGACAGUCGGCAGCCAGAACUGCAGUCCGCAAGCACCUUUACGGAUUACUUACCCAGCAUCCCCUCAUCCUCGUUGAACGAUCCCAACCGAUCCAUGGAUGGGAAAUCGCAAGCAUCCACAACAGACCAGGAUUCCCAGGAUACAUUGAAGUCACUCCCGGUCAAUGGACAUGGAGGGUUAGGUGUCUCUCAUGCAGAUGUGAAACUGGAGAGAGAGAGCGAGGACUCGCUAGGUCCGUUGCGCUCAUCAAAUCAGUCGAGCUCGCGAUCGGGGGUGGGGAAAUCUACGUUGGGCCAUAAAAGAACAGCUACUGGGGACAUCAAACCUAUCUCAUCCAAUUUGGGGGCACUUCAAACCUCCGAUACCAAUUGGACUACGCGACGGCGUUCGAAGAGCACAGGCUCGCCGGCCCACGGGAGUAGAAUCGCACAGUUGUCGGUUCAUAUUCGUACCCGACUCUCAUAUGCGGCUGCAAAGAUAGAAAAAGCUCGACAAUCGCGAGAAAUCGCGGAGCUUCCCCCUGCGCGGGCUCGCAACCCUCACCGGCACCAAGUGGUGGCAUACCAUCACCAAUCUCCAACCCAACACCUCCACCCGUCAGCGAUCUCUUCCCCUGGCAAACUCCUUACCAUUCCCAAAUUAGCACCCCCCGUUGAUAUCAUCUCCUCAAACGGAGAUACUCGUCGCCGGCGACCUAAUUCUUAUUUGGCUUCAAAAUCUUUUGAGCGCAGUCCGUAUGGGCGCCAUCGACGACAUCAUUCAAACCAAGAACAUUUGAUCACUCGGCCCCUGAACGGCUCUCCAUCGGUCCUUGGACCGGGGACACCUUCGAUCCCGCCAUAUAGACAGGCGCCUACAUCCUCACAGGAAGGAUUUUACGGAUCAAGAACCCAAUCUCAGAGCACUUCAAUGGAACAGGACGCAAUUGAAACACUCAUGUUCAUGUCCAGUCCCGAAAACUCGGGGUAUCGCUCCAGCCCUCGGCCUUUGCAGCCACCCGCCGCACAGAGAAGUCUGAACGAGUCGAUCUAUUCCAAACAUAAUGGAAUGAAAAGCCAUACCCAAUGCUCACAGGGCGAGGCAUCUCAUCCUGGGCAAGGACUCCCAUCAAAAAUCCAUGGACUGGGCCUUGAAGCCGGCGCUGGAGAUGAAAUUGAUCGUCUUUUAGAUCAGAUGGAAAGCGACAGUGAAGAUGAUGCAAGGUAUGCAUCGCAUCGUCUUGCGGUCAAAGGACAGGUUUCUAAAGGGCAUCACCCACAGUCGAGGUGA